AUGGCCCUCAACACGUCUAAAACUAAGUCUAUCUUGAUUACGACUCAACAGAAAUUUCAUCACCUGAAUGAUUAUUCUCUUGAUGUCAUGAUUAAUGGGAAGUUAAUUGAACAGGUUGAGCAUGCUAAACUACUUGGUGUUACUCUUGAUUGCCAUCUUACAUGGGAGAAACACAUUGAAAAUAUAUGUUCAAUUGUAAACAGUAGACUGUCUCACUUAA